UUGUUACUCAGUCCUAUGGAUGAAGACGCAGAAGAUCUGUUCGUGAUUGACAAAAGUGGCGUGGCCCAAAGUUCCCAACUCCCCAGAAUCAUCUACGACCCGACAGUCAAGGAAGACCUCAGUGAGGUUCCAACUCCAGCUACGGAACGUUCAGCCGCUCCUGCUAGACCCCGAAGACCAGUUACGGGCAAACGAUAUCAUGAAGUUGAAGACUUUUCAAAGUUUCGCCCUGGUUUAAUGUCAGAUAAGUUGCGGCACGCACUAAAUCUGGCAGCUCAUGAAAUUCCGAUUCAUAUAUACCGUAUGCGCACUCUAGGCUAUCCUCCAGGCUGGUUACGGAAAGCUCGAGUGGGUGGUGAACUCACAAUGUUCGAUUCAGUCGCAGCUUUGGCUGAGGACACUGAAGUCAAAUACAACCGAGAUCUACUCGUUAGUUUCAUGGGUUUUAACACCCAAAUAGAGUAUCCGUACAUAGAUGAGUGUGAUGUGCUAAACUGUCCGAGAAUGCAAAGCCAUCACAUGUUGGAUAACUUCUAUGCUGCACUGUCACGCUCAUCACGUCUAUCGUCGGAGCACAAUAAUGAAAACCCAUCUUUGGCAGGAACAGUUGCCUCCAACACUUCUAAUGGGAAGAAUGAUGACGGUGGCGCGAAAGACAAGAGUUCAGAUCGUUCUAAUUCCCAAAUUUUGCUCAUCAGCGCCUCGGAAGAUGGGACGCCGACACCCAGUAGACCUUCAGGCAUGGCAGAUGGAUCAAAUGCUGAUGGCGCCUCUUCGUCUGCGAAGCGUCCAAACAUUGACGCAUUUAGCGUAGGCGUGCAGCCGUUUCGACCGUUCGAAAAUCUCCCAGGAACGGAAGGUGCUUACAAACGUGUACUUCAAACUCUUCGCAACUCGCGCAACGGGGCAUCGGUCAAUGACACACCAUCGGCUUCGCGCGACUCAAACCACUCUGCAUCUGGUUCUAAUGCCUCGUUCAAGACAUCAACUCCUCACAGACGAUCCCACGAUCAGCAUUCGACGUACAAUCAUCCAUACUCACGAAGUCCUCACAUGAGUAGGAGGUAUCGCUAAUAUGCACCUCAUUCUACUCGAGCCAAGAGCUAAUUAUUAAGUCUUAAUCUUUGCAAAGCCUCGCCCUGUUUUCAUCCUGGGCGUUGUUGUAUAUAUUUAUAAAUUACUUUCU